CCCCUCCCCCUCCCCGGCCGCGGCCGGCGGGAAAUGGCGGACGAGGCGCUGUUCCUGCUGCUGCACAACGAGCUGGUGUCCGGGCUCUACAAGUCCGCGGAGCAGGGCGAGGUGGAAAAUGGACGAUGCAUUACUAAGCUAGAAAACAUGGGGUUUCGAGUGGGACAAGGACUUAUAGAAAGGUUUACAAAGGACACUGCCAGGUUUAAGGAUGAGUUAGAUAUCAUGAAGUUCAUUUGUAAAGAUUUUUGGACUACAGUAUUCAAAAAACAAAUUGAUAAUCUGAGGACAAAUCACCAGGGGAUCUAUGUACUUCAGGACAACAAAUUUCGUCUCUUGACUCAGAUGUCUGCAGGAAAACAGUAUUUAGAACAUGCACCAAAGUAUUUAGCCUUCACGUGUGGCUUAAUCAGAGGUGGUUUAUCUAAUUUGGGGAUAAAGAGCAUCGUGACAGCUGAAGUGUCAGCCAUGCCUGCAUGUAAGCCCCGCAGAAUACGAUAGUAAUGUUAUUGGUUUUACUUAAUGUAGGUAAAUUCCAGGUGAUGAUUCAGAAGAUGUAAAGCACACUGACAUGCAAGACUUCUACAAUGUAAAAGAUAAAUUAUUCGUGUAUAAAGUGCUUAGGGUAGCAGCAGUAUUUGCUUUAACUGUAUUAUUGUCUGUUUAUAUUAAUGCACGUUUAAAUUUGAGUGAAUGAUUUUCAAAUGGCACUAUUCUUAUAAAUAUAGCCACGGACCGAGGAGAAAAGGAAAAAGGGAAACCGUAGAAAGACACUACAUCCUACGUGGGAGGUAGGACUCCUCUAUUAGGGAAUGUCAAGCGAGCAGUCAUAAAUUAAUGGGACCCACCUCCAAAUCUCAAACAUACCUUUACCUCAUUUAUAUGCCUUUUAAAUGGUUUCAACUUCAGCCCGACUGAAUUAAAGGGGAAAACGCACACACAAUUCAAGCUUUUAGCUGCAUUUGUACUAAUCGAAGAACUGAUUGAGUCCUUUAUCCACCCCCAGGCGGAUAAAGACAAGCUUAAAGUGCUCCCCAGGACCGGCUUCUGCUUGGGCUGUAGGUUUUGUGUGAUGCAGGCAAGGCACUGUACUCUGUCCCCCACGUUCUCUUCCCCCCACCUGCCUUCCACACACUGAUUUAAGUGGCUGGUGGUGGGCCCAGAUUCUUAGAGAAUGAAUCCCUGUAAAUACCUGAAGUUAAGCACCCCCAUGUGAAUAACCCUCUCGCUUCUGAUGUGGGUUCCUUGCAGUGUUUCCUUUGACUAAAAGACUGCUGCUGUAGUAACUUCUCCCAAACUAGGUGACUUCCUAUAGCCCUCUGUUGUUGUUAACCUGAUUUUUUUGACUGGUAUGUUCCUCCCUUCCUCCCUGCCCUCCCAAUCCCUUAACAUAGCAGGGGGGAGAACAACAUUUUUACCGUAUGAGUUGCCCCAGUGUAACAUUUGUUUUUGAUAAGGAGUUGAAGUAUGAGUUAUUGUAUGCUUUUUAGAAGGCAAGUUAAAUAUGAAUUCACAUUGUAAACUAUGCUGGAAUUAUGUUUCUAUUAAAGAAUUUAGUUUUUGUUAUUUCAUGUCUGAAAAAUGUUCUCUCCUACAGUUAAUCUGGGGCCUAGUGAAUCUUACUUUCAUUUUUAUGUAGUUCUAAUUUGGGAUGCAAUAAGAUUGUACUGGUGUUUGUGAAACGGAAGGCCAAUUCCCAUUUUGUAUUUGUUUCACCAACACAUUAGAAGUGAAAGUGUAUGGCCAGAAGGUAUAUAAUCCACAUUUUUCUGUGAAGACUGUCUAAAAGGAAUAGAAAACUCAAGCCUUCAUAGGAUUAAAAAGUUGCAAAUGUGUUAGAGUGGAGUAAAUGGAAAUAUCAUUACUCUGUCACUAUUGGAGAAGUGAGCAAUUUAACAUAUAAAGGAUCUAACCACUGCAGGAGACUAACACAGACCUCCAACUUCUCAAAUCUGUAGUGCAUUUUGUUCUGUAUCAAACGUUCUAAGAAAUGGACGGUGCCCUUGUCAAUAAAGUAACCAUACGAACUGAAAUUA